AACAACUUAUCCAUCCAGAGGGUUCCCAGUGGGCCCAGGCCCACCUGCUCGUCCCCGUCUCCGUCCUUUCUCGGUCUCUCGGUUUCUCCCCUCUUCCACGCCACUCCAGAAGCCACCCCGCCGCUGCUGCCGCCGCCGCUACGAUCGAACCCAAUCCAACCGCAGGAUGGCCUUCACCAGCUCGCUCCUGCCCGCGCCAGGCUCCUGUGUCCCCGCGAGACCCGGGCCAGGGCUCGCCUCCCCGCCGGCCAGGAAGGGCGGCGUCUGCUCGCUCGCCACCGCGCGGCGCCGGCGGGCCCGACAUGGAGUUACGGCUGAAGCGAAUGCAUCUGGAAGUGUUUUAGCUGUUGAUGCUCUCUCGCAAGUUAAACAUGUCCUGCUUCCAGUCACCGACCGUAACCCUUACCUUUCAGAAGGCACAAGACAGGCUGCGGCAACAACCACUUCUCUUGCAAAGAAGUAUGGAGCAAACAUAACAGUAGUUGUUAUUGAUGACAAGCCUAAGGAGUCAUUCCCAGAGCAUGACACUCAGAUGUCAAGCAUUAGAUGGCACCUUUCUGAAGGUGGAUUUACAGAGUUUGGGUUGAUGGAGCGCCUUGGAGAAGGAAAGAAACCAACAGCUAUCAUCGGAGAAGUCGCGGAUGAACUGGAGUUGGACCUGGUUGUCCUGAGCAUGGAAGCGAUCCACUCGAAGCAUGUCGAUGGGAAUUUACUGGCAGAAUUCAUUCCGUGCCCAGUUCUCAUGCUCCCUCUAUGACGGCUUAACAAUCUUUGAGCUGAUUUCUCAUCUGCGUUUUUGGGGCCAAAUUCUUGAGUAUCUCCCCGAUAUGAUGGUUGUACCUUAUGAAGGCUGUUAAAAGUUACGUUAGAUUUGUGAUUAUGUGAAUAUUGGCAAGAACAUUGAGUGGUUCCUUUUUGAAAUGUACUGCCGUUUUUGCAUGAGACAUACAUGUGUGGUUACAGUUUA